ACACUUCUCUUUUUCUCUCUCUACACUCUCUCCACUUUACUUUUUUUUCUUUUUUUUUCUUUCUCUCCUUUUUCUUUCUCCCCAUUUUUAUUCUCCAACUUUCAUAAUGGAGGAUUCCACCGACAAGAGAAAGCGAGCUAGGGACGAGUCAGGAGACUCACCUGACUUGCCCGAUUCCGAAACUCACCGAGUUGACUCACAUGAGACUAAGAUUCGACGUGUUAACUCAUGUUCUGAUGUUAAUUCGUCAGAGUGUCAGCUUACCCGAGUUGACUCGGCCGAAUCGUGUCUUAACUCGGUUUUUGACUCCGGUGUUCAACUUCAAGAUGACAUUUUUCAUAUACUUGAUGAUACAGAUAAUGUUCCUGAGCGUGAAUCAGUGAUGGGUCUUGACUCAGUGAUGAAAAGCUUCGAAGAUGAGAUUUUAGCUCCGGGUUUGAAUUCGGGUCAAGUUGACCCGACUCAGACGACCGGUUCCGGAGAGAUGGAGAUGAAUUUGGGUUACUUGUUUGAAGCUUCCGAUGAUGAACUUGGGUUGCCACCGACGGUGGGUAAUGGUGAUGAACCGGGUCGAGUUGAACCGGAAAUUGUGGACCUGACCGGGUUCGUGGGGUUUGAGGAUGAUUUUAACGGUUAUGAUGAGUUUGGUUUUGGAACAGGGUUGUUGUCGGAGUGUGACGGUGAUAACGGUGGUGCCGGAGGUUUUGUAACGGUGGAUGGGUUGUUUGAAUAUGCGGAACCGGCGGCGGAUGUUUUGUGGCGGUCGGAGUCGUUACAAGCUAUGUAAGAUGUGGCGUUGAGAUUUUGGGGUGGAAAUGUAAAUCUGAGAAAAUGUUGGGUUAAUUUUAGAAGGAGGAGAAAAAAAAGAACAGAAAAUGGAGGUCAUAGGUGUGAAAAGUUUUUUAGUAUUAGGAUUUGUUAUGGUUCUUUUGUUGAAAUUUAAUUUAAUUUAAAAAACAAACUGGUCCCAUAUUACAAUUCGGUUCUGUUUUAUUUUGUAUGCUUCAUUUUCAGAAAAUACUUCACAAACAUAAAAUUAUAUUAUUUAA